UUUCUUCACCCUCUGCACGCGUUCCCCCUCCCACCAACACACAUCAGUCCUAAGCGGACUCAGUGGCCUCGGGGACGGGAGCAUGCCACCCCCUGUCGUGACGUCACUUGGGGUAGAACCCUUAGACACUACAUGGAGAGGGGGGUAGAGCUCCCCGAGCCAGGACAGUCACUCACCCUCUAGGCGGUGGGGCUGGGCCAGACAGUACCGCCCCCACCGCGCCUGCCUCGCACACCCUCGGGAGCGCAGGCUCGCAGCGCGGCGCUGGGGGGGGGGUGCUCCCAAGAACCUCGGCCUUCAGUCCCUAGCCCGCUGCACCUCCUUACCCUCUAGAGGCCCCCCUUACCCUCUAGAGGCACCAGGAGUUGUCGCAAGGGGCCCUUGGGAAAUUCCCUGGACCCCUGUGCCAGGAGGUGCCCGGUUCGCCCGCUCCCCAUCCACCCCCCCGAGGGCGGUGCCCGGGGGCGCUGCCCCAUGGAGCGGGGAGGCGGGCGCCGUCUGCUGCGGGAGCUGUGACCUGAGUAGGAGCUGUGUGUCGCAGCCGCCCCACCCCUGCCGAUCAUGCGCCGGCGACCCUGGUUCGCCAGUCCCACUGGGCUGUGAGCCCCCCACUCCUGGCCUGUCACGGCCCGCGCGCCAUGGGCAGCGCCCACCCUCGCCCCUGGCUGCGGCUCCCACCAGGGCCCCAGCCGCGGCCUGAGCUCUGGGCGCUCCUGUUCUUCCUACUGCUGCUGGCUGCCGCUGUGCCCAGGUCAGCACCCAACGACAUCCUGGGCCUCCGCCUACCCCCAGAGCCUGUGCUCAACGCCAACACAGUGUGCCUGACAUUGCCCGGCCUGAGCCGGCGGCAGAUGGAGGUGUGUGUGCGUCACCCUGACGUGGCCGCCUCUGCUAUCCAGGGCAUCCAGAUCGCCAUCCAUGAGUGCCAGCAUCAGUUCCGGGACCAGCGCUGGAACUGUUCCAGCCUGGAGACUCGGAACAAGGUCCCCUACGAGAGCCCCAUCUUCAGCAGAGGUUUUCGAGAGAGUGCUUUCGCCUACGCCAUAGCAGCUGCCGGGGUGGUGCACGCAGUGUCCAACGCGUGCGCCCUGGGUAAACUGAAGGCUUGUGGUUGCGACGCCUCCAGGCGUGGGGACGAAGAAGCCUUCCGUCGGAAGCUGCACCGCUUGCAACUAGACGCGCUGCAGCGCGGAAAGGGCUUGAGCCAUGGGGUCCCGGAACACCCUGCCAUACCCCCUGCCAGCCCAGGCCUGCAGGACUCCUGGGAGUGGGGUGGCUGCAGUCCGGAUGUGGGCUUCGGAGAACGUUUCUCCAAGGACUUUCUGGACUCCCGAGAGCCUCACAGAGACAUCCACGCACGCAUGAGACUCCACAACAACCGUGUGGGCAGGCAGGCGGUGAUGGAGAACAUGCGGCGAAAGUGCAAGUGCCAUGGCACCUCAGGCAGCUGCCAGCUCAAGACCUGCUGGCAGGUGACGCCCGAGUUCCGCACAGUGGGGGCGCUGCUGCGCAACCGCUUCCACCGCGCCACGCUCAUCCGGCCGCACAACCGCAACGGUGGUCAGCUGGAGCCCGGCCCCGCGGGAGCACCCUCGCCAGCACCCGGCACUCCAGGCCUGCGCCGCAGGGCCAGCCACUCCGACCUGGUCUACUUUGAAAAAUCGCCCGACUUCUGUGAGCGCGAGCCGCGCCUGGACUCGGCGGGCACUGUGGGCCGCCUGUGCAAUAAGAGCAGCACGGGGCCCGACGGCUGCGGCAGCAUGUGCUGUGGCCGCGGCCACAACAUUCUGCGCCAGACGCGCAGCGAGCGCUGCCACUGCCGGUUCCACUGGUGCUGCUUCGUGGUCUGUGAAGAAUGCCGCAUCACCGAGUGGGUCAGCGUCUGCAAGUGAGCGGGGGCCCAAGCUCCUCUGGAUCUCAAGAAAGGUUCUCCUGGUGCCUGGCUUCGGCCGCUAGGGAUCCGGGCCAGGCAGCAGCAGCCUUGGCUCCUGAGAGAGGUGGUUGGCUCUUAUAGCCCCGAGGGUCUGCAAUCACCAGACAGUCCAGAUCUGACUGACAUCCCUCUGCUCACUUCUGUAGGUUUCCUCUCUUUCUACUCCUAGCUCAGACAGCUGGGGGGUGAUAGUGGAGACUGCCCCACGCCCUAGGACAUGUUACCAAAGCAGCCCAGCCUGGCAGGCCUGCCUCCUGUCGUCUCUUCUCCCCUUCCCCGGGAGCGGCAGGCAAUGCACUGAAGCUGAAGGGCACCGGGAAGAAAACUAAAACGCAGAAACGGGUGAAGUGAUGCUCUGAGGGCUCCAGGCCUCCUCCACAGGCCUGCUCCUGUCUUUCACUUAACGGAUAUUUAUUUUGCACUCUCUUUGUGACACUCUCUGGGGAAAAAGAAGCCUCCGGAGUUUACAGGCUGAUUAAGGGACAUGGACAAUAAACUAGUAAAUACACAAA